AUGGAAGAAACACCAGCACCACGAGCACGGAUAAGCGAGCCAAAGUUGCAAAAGAAAGUAGUGAAAUUUCAGACGGAAAAUGAGAAAGACGUUGAGUUGGAAGCUGUUUAUGAGGACUCGCUCUCCUCAGGUUCUUCACUGGGUACUGUAGUUGGAUUCCACGGAUCACCUGGGUCUCACAACGAUUUCAAAUAUGUUCGGAGCAAAUUGGAUGAAAUGGGAAUUCGAUUCAUUGGUAUCAAUUACCCUGGGUUUGGAAAUACACCUGGCUACGAAGGGCAGGAACAUGGUAAUCCAGAACGUCAAAACUUCACGAACGCUCUGUUAGAUGAACUGCAAAUCGAGGGAAAAAUAAUCUUCAUUGGACACAGCCGUGGAUGCGAGAAUGCACUUCAAACAGCCGUUGGAAGGCCUUCUCAUGGACUUGUUCUGAUAAAUCCGACGGGUUUUCGACACCACAAAGGAAUUCGACCGGUUUAUCGAUUGGAAUAUUUGAAUUCACUUUAUGGAAUGCUUCCAAGUUUUAUGGGAAAUGCAAUGAUGUUGGGAAUCUAUAAAGCGAUAGGAUUCAAAGUUCAAAGUGGAGAAGAGGCGAUAAAUGCGAUGAGAUCUGCAAUGAGAAUGUCGCUUGAAGAUCAAAUUGAAUAUAUUGAAAAGUUGAAUCAGAAGAAUACGAAAAAGCUGAUAAUAUUCGGUGGAAAUGAUCACUUAGUUGAAGAAGAAAUUGUACUUGAGAAGCUUGAAAAACAUGAUGGAUUAGAGCAUUUUAGAUUCGGUGAUAACAUCAACGAGGAUGAGAAGCUGAAAAUCAUGGAGACAUUCACUGGAAAUCGUCUUGGAGCAUCGGUUUUCGUGGCGAAAGAUACACAUUUUCAGAAUAAAUCUCAAGCUGAUUUGGUGGCUGAAGCGUGUAAGAAGAUGUUGGAAGCAUAA